ACCUUCUUUCUCAAACAUCAGUCAAAAUUCAACCACAGAAGUUCCCAUUUUAAGAGAGAACAAAAAUUUUGUUUCUAUUUUAUAUAUUUUAUAUAUUUUUUUAACAUCAUAUUUGUAUUUUUUAUUCAAUUUAGAAACAUACAUUUUACUAUUGAAAUUAAGGUGUGUAAGACAGGAAAAUUUCUAAAUUAAAAAUUCGAAAAAAAAGAGAAUAAUAAUAGUUGAGAAUUGAUUAUUUUCUGAGUGAAUCUUUUUUAAUCAAGAUUCAACAUCAAUCAUUGAGUGACGUACGAUAAAUUGUUUUUCAUAUAAACUUUGCUGAGAAAACGAGUUUUGUCUGUUGCUAAAAGACGCGAAUAGUCUACAGUUAUUUUUAUUGUGCAAAAUGGAGAAGUUAAUUCUUGGUUUGAUUUUAAUUAUAGCCAUUGUUACAGCCAAUGGCAACGAUUUUGUCUUUCCUGAUGACUUAGCAUCACGAUCGGUGGGACAAUAUAGUAACAACUACCGCCCUUCGCAUUACAACCAUGGAAAUGCGAACGCGAAUGCGAAUGCAAACGCAAAUUCCUAUGGAAACGGAUACAACAAUGCAAAUGCGGCUGCAAAGGCCAACAGCUAUGGCAAUGGAUAUGGAAACGGAUACGGAAAUGCCAAUUCAAAUGCCAAUGCCAAUGCGAAUUCCUAUGGAAACGGAUACGGAAAUUCCAAUGCCAAUGCCAAUGCCAAUGCCAAUUCGCAAGCAACGUUCAAUGGCAAUCCUUACUACAAUAAUGGUUACUCGAGUAGUCUGGCAAAUUCAAUUGCUAAUUCAGUUGCUAAUAAUGGCAAUGGCGCAAGCGCUGCAAGUGCAGGUUCAGCUGUUGGAGUCUCCUUCGUCAAUGGAAUUCCACACACGAGUGCAUCAGCUGCAGCGGCUUCCUCAGCCUCUGGAAAUGGUCGAGCCAACUCAUAUUCAAAUAGCAACAGCAAUUCGGGUUACAUUCAACCAUAUUCUCAUUUCUAUUUGGGCAGUCGUUUAGGUGACGACAGUGACGAUAGUACAAAUACAACUACAACUGCCGAGGCAAAAUCAACAACGGCUGAGGCAAAAUCGACAACUGUCGAAAAUUAGAAGACAAAGAACAUUUUUUAUCUCAUUUUACGUUUAAUUUAUUAUAAAUAGUAUUUUCUACACUAAAUAUUUAAGUAUUAAAUAAUAAAUAUUUAAGUACUUUAAUAUUUUAUUGCCAAAUACAUCGAAACGCGUAAUUUUAAUUU